AUGGAUCAGGCGCGUGCUUUGGUUCAAUUUUGUGCUUCGUUAGCUUCUUCUGCGCAAGCAUUCUCUACCCCGGGGCAAACGACCACAAAAUCGAAAUUGUCUCUAGGUAUGGCCAAAUCCUUAUUGGGUUCUAUUGGCUCCGACCAAACGAAAGCCGACGCGGCCUCAGCUGUCGUGGUCAUGACCGCUGGUCGUGGUCGUGGUAAAUCCGCUGCUCUGGGUCUCGGUCUAGCCGCAGCAAUCGAAGCUGGUUUGCCGAACAUAUAUGUGACUGCACCUAGUCCGGAGAAUUUGACCACUUUGAUGCAAUUCGUGAUACGGGGUCUAGUUGCCUUUGGCUACGAGGAACAUCAAGACUACGUGGUUUCCCGAUCAACCGAUCCCGAAUAUAAUCAAGCUGUGGUUCGAAUCAACAUUCACCGACAAAGUCAUCGCCAAUCGUUGGUUUAUCUUCCCCCUUGGGAAUUGGCCAGUCAUCUUGGCCGGGGUAGUCAGCAGGCAGAUUUAGUUUGUGUGGACGAGGCAGCCGCUAUUCCGCUUGCAUUGGUGCGGCAUUUCGUCACUGGACCUCGUUUGGUCUUUAUGGCCUCCACAAUUAACGGAUAUGAAGGUACUGGACGAUCACUCUCGCUGAAGCUGAUAAAACAAUUACGAACUGAAUGUAAAAUUGCCGAGGCUUCUAUUCGCCUGAAUCCAAAACUCAUCCUGCCGAAUGUGGAGGCGAAACCGCCGUCUAUUGAAAAAGAAAAACUUGGCAAGGGUUUCCGUUCUGCUGACACAUCGCGUGUGCUUUAUGAGGUUACUCUUGAAGAUGCUAUACGCUACGCCAACGGAGAUCCGGUAGAAGCAUGGCUCACUGAACUGCUCUGUUUGGACUGCGGUGCAAGUCUACUGCGUGAGAUUCCCGACCCUAAUGGAGCCUACUACCCACCGUUGGAUCAGUGCCAGUUGUAUUUUGUUAAUCGUGACACUCUGUUCGCUUAUCAUAAAUCAACUGAAGUGUUUUUGCAUCGACUCAUGGCUUUGUACGUGGCCUCGCAUUACAAAAACUCACCAAAUGACCUGCAGCUGUUGUCCGACGCACCAGCCCACCACAUUUUCUGCCUACUGGCUCCCUAUCGUCCCGACUCGGGUCGCGUACCGGAAAUCUUAUGCGUACUACAAGUCUGUCUGGAAGGAAAAAUCAACAAAGAUCGUGUUCUGCGAAGCCUCUCGCGUGGAGUUCGGCCUUCUGGAGAUCUGAUCCCAUGGGCUGUUACUCAACAAUUCUGUGAUGCACAGUUUGGAGAAUUGUCUGGUGCCCGGGUAGUUCGGAUUGCUACACAUCCGGAUUAUCAGAAUUUGGGUUACGGCACACGUGCUCUUCAGCUCCUGCACGACUACUAUGCCGGUAAGGUGCCUAUUCAGUCAUCUGACUCGGGAGAUACCAUUGCCCAAAAUACCCCGGAAGGAUCUGGUCAUGAUAGUGGAGUUGAAAAAUCAAACCCGAAAAUACGCAAAGCAGUCCGGAAAGCGCUCGUUGGCAAGGACAAUGAGGAUGUUGACGACGAUGAGGAUGAGGAACUGAUUGAGGAGGAGGACCUGUCUAUGCACUCCAACGACGAAUCAAAUCAAGAAGAUGUAGAAGAUGAUGAUGUCAAUCUCGAGAAGGCAGACCCAGAAUCAAAGCUUCUUUCGGAGAAAAUUGAACGACGUGGUCCCUCCAGUCUGCCACCACUCCUCAGUCGCUUGUGUGAACGUCCACCGGAGGUGCUACAUUAUGUGGGUGUAUCUUUCGGCGCAACACCCGAUCUUCUCCGUUUCUGGAAACGAUCUGGUUAUUUACCGGUCUAUCUCAGACAAACACUGGUUAGUGGGUUUAAUUUGUCCUCUCCGAAAUUUACUUUAAACACAUUUCAAGAAUAUUGGUUCUAG